AUGUAUUGCCAAUUGACAGAAUCUGCUACAAUCGACACCUGGAAAGAAUGCGUCCAAGAAAACAUCAAUUAUCCCGGUGCAGACAUCGUCAAUUCGGCUGGAAUAAGUAAUAUCGAAGAGUGUGCAGCAUUCUGCCAAACUGUGGAGAAUUGUGUAGCAGCUUCGUUCAACAAACAAUCCAAGACAUGCUACGCUAAAAACAAAAGAAACGGAGACCGGGUCAAUUCAGACAGCAAUACAGUCAGCGUCUCCUUGAUGUGCCUAAGUGCAAACCGAGGUGGAAUCAGUCGAUGUGCGAAGAGUGGAGUCAGGUUCACUGGAUCAGUCAUCCAUACGACAUCAACAGCUUCUCUUGAUCUCUGUAUCCAGUUCUGUGCUAACAAAGACAACUGUGAGUCUGUGUCCUACAACAGUUCUUCAAGGAGUUGCGAGGCACACAACAAGCGACUUGGAGCUAGCAGAGGAAAUGUGGGCGGACUACAGCACUUCUAA